AUGUAUGAAUUCCGGUCUCCUUUAGUUGGCCUGGACAGACUGGCCAAAAUCGGUGUUGAUCGUGCCAGCACCUUGUUUAAAAAACUGAAUGAAAUAUCAACGUUAUUUAAAGAAGUUACGCCAUUCGAAAAUCUUAGUUCUCUGGAGCACUUUUUCGAAUCUGACGACUUCUCGCACUUUGACGAAGUGAAUACUUUUUAUGGAAAAAUUUUAUGUUGUCCUGUUUCAAAACGACUGCUAAGGCUGUUCAUGAGACGCAAUAGAACCCUUCAAGCUAUGUGUGCCUUCCACCUCUCAAAACUACCUGAAUCGGUUUUUUCUAUCGAGAAUCUCAUAACUCUCCCCAGAAACGUGUUUUUGGAUGUCAUCUUAAGCAAUUUUAUGGUAUUUUGGCUUCCAAUGACACAUAUUGCUUUCUUCUCUCUCCCUGGUGCCGCCGACAGCUUUAAGACAAUUUUGGCCUUUUUAUCUGACUUGCGCAUUUUUGAGGUAAGCUGGGCGCAUUUUAUUAGCCUAUUGUUACAUAGGGACUCUCAGCUUUUCAUCUAUUCGUGGAUACAGCACUCGUGUACCCAUGCACCCAUUAUCGACGAAAAUAGAGGUACACAAUUCAUCCUUUCACCUUUAGCAUUUUUUACACCACCAUCAAAUUCAACUCCUCCCCUUGGCAAGCCGCAUGAGAUUUCACGUCUCCUAGUCGCCAAUGUCAAAGACGCACUGAAAAAGUGUUCUAAUGAGCUCCUUCCUCUCCAACGGGCCGUUACAGUUGGCCUUAAAGUGGGCAAUUUUCUAAACGAUUCCUCAGAAUACACUUACGGAUUCGAUGCUGCCUGCGCCACCUACAAGGCUGCCCGCGCAUUUUCGCGUGCCAAUCCAGACACUGAAACCACAACUAUACGUUGGGAAUAUGAGGCCGUUUGCAUCAUGCUGCGUUCGAUGAACUCUCACAACAUGUACCUACAACCGGAGCAUCGACGGGUAUUCCACAAGAACGUGCCCGAGGUUCUGCGUCGCAUCAAUACCCUAGGCCUGAGUGCUGCUCCAUCGAUUGAGUGUGAGGCACGUUUACUGGCCUCUCUGCCACCUGACCACCAGGUCCAGCAGCAGGCAUCAUCAUCCAGUCCCUUGGAAACGACCUUCUCACUCGACGCCAUGACAACGGUCUUUCUUGUCUCCACAACCUCUCCUAACAACUGGCACGAGUCCUCAUUUGCCAGCCUACUCGAUGACGAGAUACCAUCAGAUUGGCCUAAACGACAGCCAUCAGACAUCGACGUCAAGCUGUCCGAGGUGUGCGAAGGUCUGCAGCCACUGAACCUGGCGACUACGCCAAUGAAGCCACAACCGGAUCCGUCGACAGCGUCGCCGCCCAUUUGCACGGCGUUCGCUCAUGCCCAGCUGGCAAUUUACCACUACGUUAUGUGCAACUAUCCCCUCGCUUACCAGCUGACCUCGCUGGCCGUUGACCAAAUCAACGCCUUCACCUGUUCCCCCAGAGUUGUCGUAGAGGUCCUUCGAAUCGCCUGUCGCAUCUGCAUUAUCCAACGGAAGUACGAUCUAGGCUUGCGAUUCAUCCAAUCGGCUGCUCACUUAGUUAGGCAGCACUUUGGCAGGCACAACGUGAUCUAUGCAAACUUGCUUCUCGACUACGGCUGUCUCCUCUUGAAUACAGACAAAACCGGCAUUGCGGCUGACGUUUAUCGUUUCCACCAACAGCGCUACUUCCGCCACUGCAACCAUCACCGCCACUACACCGAUAUUACCAGUUCAUGUAAUAUCCUCACCACCGCCACCACCACUGCCACCACCAUCACCACCGCCACCACCACUGCCACCACCAUCACCACUGCCACCACCAUCACCGCCACCACCACCACCGCCACCACCAUCACCGCCGCCGCCACCACCGCGACCAACAUCACCACCACCGGCAACUCCACCAACGUCACCACCACCGCCAACACCACCGUCACCACCGCCGCCACCAGAAUCGGCUUGCGUGAAUUUCGUUCCACCAACACCACCAACAGCGCUACUACCGCCACCAACACCACCACCGCCACCAACACCACCACCACCGCGAUCAACAUCACCACCACCGGCAACUCCACCGUCACCACCACCACCGCCAACACCACUACCACCACCAAAGAUUUGGCACUCACCCUGAUCAUCGACUGUCUUCCUGGAGCCAGUGUAAUCGCAGCUCUCGCCCUGGAGGACAUCGCCUACGCCUACUACGUGCUGGAGUACACCUCGGGGGAAUUCAGCUACCCCCUCGAGUGCUCUGAAGUCGCAAACCAGCUCCUCCAACGCCUUGAUCACUCGUCGUGCAUGCAGGCCGCCUCCGCUAACCGCGUCAGAGCUCUCAUACUGGAAGAGAUCGCGAUCGAUGACAGUGAUCGUGACAGGACGCGAAACUACCUCUACGUCGCUCGUGACCUGCACUUGAUUUCCUUGGAUCUCUGCCAGCGGAUCUUCGGCAUAUGGAACAUCCAGACCGCCAAGCACUUCGGCAACCUCGGUCGCCUUUUUCAAUCUCUCGAUCAAAAUUUGGUAGGCAUAUUGUGCGCCGAGAUGACACUGCGCGCGCAUUUUCCGAAUGAUUUCGCGGACUUGGAGGUGUUGUGUCAGAUGUUUCCAUCACGGAUGGAUCUUGCCCUGCGUCUGCCACUCCUUGUUCGAUUGACAAAAUGUGCACUACGACAGGCACAGGUCUGGAGGCAGACGACACAAAUGGCAGCGAUGCAAGUGGCACCGUUCCCUCGCUAUCGUGAAGAGGGGUAG